GAGUUUCGCUUCAUCUUCCUAGGUCCCACUAUUAAUUAGAAUCCUUUAUAUCGUUCUCUCUUUACUCCACCCUCCUUUCUAUCACCUCUCUCGAGAUGCUUACUUUCGCCGACAGGCUCAACGCCCAGGUUGCUGAUUCUGCAAUCGGACGAUGGUUUCGCCUAGAGGGCUCUGGUCACGCCCGUGAGCGCGAGGGUUCACGUUUUAUGACAGAUAUCCGUGCAGGUAUAACGACCUGGGCAGCCAUGGCCUACAUCAUUUCUGUCAACGCUUCCAUAGUAUCUGACUCUGGGGGAACUUGUGUCUGUGAAGCCGCCAAUAACUGUGUCACUGAUCCGGCAUAUCUCCAAUGUAUCCAAGAGGUGAAGCAAGAUCUCAUUACGUCCACAGCGGCCAUGUCCGCUCUUGCAUCAAUCUUGAUGGGCGCCCUUGCGAAUUUGCCUGUCGGUAUGGCUCCAGGGAUGGGUCUUAAUGCCUAUUUCACAUACUCUGUUGUUGGUUAUCAUGGGAGCGGCUUUAUCACUUACAGAGAAGCACUUUCUGCUGUCUUCUUAGAAGGAUGGAUCUUCUUCAUCCUGUCCCUUUUAGGCUUACGUCAAUGGCUUGCUCGCAUCAUGCCACAAUCGCUUGUUCUUGCUGUAGGCGCUGGUAUUGGAUUGUACAUUGCGUUUAUCGGAUUGACAUCCGGUGGCUUGAAUGUAAUUGGAGGUGACACUACCAACCUCGUCGGCCUUGGUGGCUGUCUCGAGUCAGAUUGGUUGGAAGGUCUACCAUACUUCUGUGGUACUCAAGUUCUACGGAGUCCUACUACAUGGCUUGGCAUCUUUACUGGCGGUAUUCUCACGAUCCUAUUGAUGCUUUAUCGCGUCAAGGGGUCCCUCCUAAUCGGUAUCUUCAUCACUUCCAUAAUCUCUUGGCCACGAAACACUUCUGUCACCUACUUUCCACACAACGAUUCGGGUGAUCAGCUGUUCGACUUCUUCAAACAGGUCGUGACCUGGCACCCCUUACAACAUAUCGGUAAUGCACUAGAUUAUAACUAUGGCAAAGGAAAGGUGUGGUACGCACUCAUAACCUUCCUUUAUGUCGACAUUUUGGACACCACUGGUACUCUUUACUCUAUGGUUAAAUUUGCUGGCCUGCGUGAUCCUGUCACCCUCGAUUUUGAAAAUUCUACCAUCGCAUACUGUGUCGAUGCCUUCUCUAUUUCUAUGGGCGCGCUCGCAGGCACAAGUCCCGUCACAGCAUUCAUCGAGAGUGCCACUGGUAUCGCUGAGGGUGGUAAGACUGGCAUCACUGCAAUCGUCACUGGACUCCUCUUCUUCCUCUCUAUCUUCUUCGCGCCCAUCUUCGCCUCCAUUCCACCCUGGGCUACCGGCGGCGCGCUCGUUGUCGUCGGCUCGCUUAUGAUCCGCAAUGUUCGCGAUAUCAACUGGGACUAUGUCGGCGAUGCUGUCCCUGCAUUCCUCACCAUCCUAUUUAUCCCUCUGUCAUACAACAUUGCGUAUGGUGUCAUCGUCGGCGUGUUCUCCUAUGUCAUUAUCAACGGCUUCGUAUGGAUCGUCUCCAAGAUCUCCAAAAACACGGUCAUGCCACCCAACUACGACGCAGCCGAGCCCUGGGUCGUUCCUCCUGGCGGAAUUGUGCCCUCCUGGCUCAACAUCUUGUUGAACCGCAACACUCGCGUCCUCGACGACUCACCCUCAGAAUACCCGUUUCAAGUACGCCAACGACACUCGAACAUCUCAGUCGACACGACUUCGCAAGAAAACCCUUUGACGCCCAGGAAGUCGGCUUUCACGAGUGAAAAAUGAAAUGAGUUAUUGUUGUAGUGCUUCCACCUAUCCUGCUUUCCCGAUAUCGCGAUAUCCGCUAUGCUGUCGAUCUCCCCCCGCUUCGAAUCGGACCCUCCCGACGAGGCAUCCACUCUUUUGACUUUGAGAUUCUAUUUUUUGUUAUAUAUUGCACAUAUCAUACAUACCUCUCGCAUACAGAUGGUAGCUAGGGACUUUAUUCUCUGUUGUAUUUGUUUCAUAGCUAUUUUUUGUUCAUAGAUAGUGUUGGUACAGAGCAGCUUGUGGGGUUUCUAUGUGAAGCUUUACUGUGGAGUAUAUCGGACAUGAUACUGGUCUCGUUCGUCCCCUUGUUACAUUGAUCGACGCUGAAAAAUCGCAAGUUGUACGGCGCUAGGAACUCGUUGACUAAUCCGUUACAUCACAUUGAUGCGUUGUGUAAGCAGUCUCGUUUCAGGACGCGGACGCCUUAAUGAUACCGAUUAUCGAUCGA